AUGACAAUUGAUGAUGAUAAAUGUUUAAUGAAUGCGUUUAAUAUGUAUCAGAGCAGUAGAGAGAUACGUAUUUUUGUUGAUGUUGGAUACCAGUCUACACUCCAACUCCUAGCUUCAAAUGCAAAUAUGGAUGCAAAUGAAAACAGGGAAGUUGAUAAUAUGGGGGCUGAUAAUGUAGAAACAAGUGGUAUAAAUGAAGAAUCUGAGGUUGGAAAUGUGGAAACAUGUGUUGCAAAUUUUCAAUUUGAGGUUGGAAAUGGCGAAAUUGAUAUGGGAGAUAAUGAUAAGGAGGACGAUGUAUAUGGUUUUAGUUCUGAGGAUGAGGAUUGGAGAGGCAAGGGUGAUGGUGUCUCAGAUUAUCAAUCUGGGAAUGAAGGUGGUAGGAGUAGUAGUGAUUCAGAUUCUGAUGAUGUAGAGAAUAUGAAUGGUGAUAUCAAACGAAAGCAAAAAUCCAAAGUUUCUGAUACAUCUGAAUAUGAGACUGAGUUUCAUGUUGAGAAUGGAGGAAAUGUGACGGGGAAUUAUGUGUGGGGAUGUUGUUUGAGAAUGUUUAUCUUUUUAGGGAUGCUUUAA